AUUCAAUUGCACGAAUAUGGUCAUGGUGUUUCGACUCGUUUGACAGGUGGAUCUUUGGCGCCUUUGUGCAUGUCGGGCCAUGAAAUUAGAGGUAUGAGCAAAGGUUGGUCCGACAUAUUUGCCAUGAUUGUGACUGCCAAAGAAUCCGACAAAGCCGACACGCCAGUUAUCCUUGGAGCGUAUGUUAUUAAUAAACUCAAAGGUAUUCGCUCGCAUCCUUACACUACGGACAUGAAAAUCAACCCUUUGACAUAUGGCGACCUUAAAACCCGCACAGAGCUGCACGAGGCUGGCAAAGUGUGGGCAACCAUGCUUUGGGAAGUUUACUGGAACUUGGUCACCAAGAGUGGAUUUUCUACCAAUCUCUACGAUGCCAAGGGCAAGGCUGGCAACAUUGUUGCUAUGCAGAAUGUGAUGGGUGGAUUGAUGCAUCAGCCAUGCAAGUAUCCGUCUGGAUAUUCCAACACUAGCUUGGUCAAUGCUCGUGAUGCCAUUAUUGCGUCCGAUGCAGCCUAUUAUAAUGGGGCCAACAAGUGCGAGAUUUGGAAGGGAUUCGCCAAACGUGGUCUGGGAGUAAAUGCAGCAGAUUACACAAACGAUUUCUCUGUUCCAGCGGAAUGUGGUAGCGGUUCACCUCCACCUUUGACCACUACUCGUGGUCCUAAACCUACUUCUGGAUGCACUCGCAUGGACAUUUGCUGCAUCUAUGUUGGAAAAAGCUGUGACCAAGACUAA